UUGAUUUAUCUAAUUUAAUUAGUUUAUUCUAUUUUUCUUUUUUUCAUUUUUUAUAUUACAUGUUUAAAAAGAUGAUGUAGAUAAUAAAUAAUACAGUUGUUAGUUGACCAACAAUAUGGCUAAUGUUAAAACUGGUUCAUUUAAAUAUGAUGAUGGUACUGAGUACAUUGGUGAUUGGAAUGAACGUGGAAUGAAACAUGGAGCUGGUACAUUAAUGCUUGCUGAAGGGAUGAGAUACGAUGGUGGUUUUCAAAAUGGAUUGUGUUCGGGUCUUGGUGUUGUUUUAUUUCCAGAUGGUGCUAAAUAUGAAGGUGAAUUUAUGCAAGGAUGGUUUCAUGGUCAUGGUGUUUUUUGGCGUGCUGAUGGUAUGAAAUAUGAGGGUGAAUUUCGUGGUGGACGUAUAUGGGGUCUUGGACUUGUUACAUUUGCUGAUGGAUCACAUGGUUUUCCAAGAAAUGAAGGAUUUUUUCAAGAUUGUCGUUUAAUGCGUCGACGAAGAUGUCCAGAUGUCGUUCAAAAAGCUCAGAAAAUUUCAAUGAUGGCUCGUACUCAAGCAGCAUAGAUAAAUAUUAAUUGUUGAGGAAAUAAAUGAUAAAAAAAUUUAUCAGUAGAAUUAGAAGUAAUUAAUUUGAAAAAAAAGAAAAAUAAAUUGAUCAAAGAUAAUUCAAUUAAUUU